AUGUCUAAUAUUGAAAAAGAGAACCCAAGGGACAACUACUACGUCCAAACCGUCAACAUGGACGCCCCAGCACCCCCUGCACCACAAAUGCAGCCAUUCCAGAGGACGUAUGGUAACCCUCAUGUAAUUGGCUUUCAGGCACCCUUGGGCAUGAUGGCCUACGGUACCGUCUUCCUGUGCUCGUCAAUAUUGACGCUCGCCUCCAAGAGCGUUGGUCAACCUAACUUGGUCUUGGUUUUCGCAACCUUCUACGGCGGCAUCUCACAAACGCUUGUGGGCAUGUGGGAGAUGUUCCUUGGUAACACGUUCAGUGCAACAGUUUUUACUACCUACGGAGGUUUCAAUUUAUCUUUUGGUGCUCUCUACCUGCCUCAAAUCGGCCUUGCGGCUGCAUACACCGUUGACGGGGUUGUUGGGCAGGAGUUCUACAACGCCAUCGGGAUCUACCUCGCCAUCUGGGACUUGAUUACGUUCCUCUUCUUCCUUGGCGCAAUCCGCACAACCGCCCCCAUCGUUGUAACGCUCGGAUUCACCAUUUGCGCGCUGACUUGUCUUUCCAUAAAUGCUUUCACCGGAAACCCACACUUUGCAACUGCAGGUGGUGCCCUUGGCAUCAUCGCUUCCUUCGGUGCAUACUACGGCGCCCUCUCGCUCUUCUGGACCCAACAAACAACUUUCUCGUUCAUUCGCCUCCCUCCCCUCAUUACAGCCCCUUCCAAUGUUUAA